UCGUCCCUGUCCUCGAUGCUUGCGAUCAAUUUUUAUUUUUCCUGUGCGGCUCUUGAGAUCACGUGGAAGGGGUAAAGUUGUUUAUCGCCGGGUAACGUCCGUUCUGAGCGCUACGCGGGCGCGGGACGAGAACCGCGCAGUCGGCGAGAAAAAAAAAUCGGAACCACAGCGCGAAGGAGACCGUCUUCAACCAUCGAAUUAGAGACUCAAAACCACGACCAUGGCUCUUCCUGUUACUGUGCUCCCCGAGCUUACGACCCCGGUCUACUCCGCCGUCCUCGAUUCUGGAGUCCUUCUCAAGCUCACCAAGCACACCUCCGAGUCCUUCCCUUCCACCGUCUGCGGUCUUCUUCUCGGUCUCGACGCCGAUUCAGUCCUGCAGCUCACGCACGCGUUCCCCUUCCCUGCCGACUCCUCCGCCAGCUCGAGCGAUGACACCGCCAACCCGCGAUCGAAGAUCAACCUCAGAUACCAGGCGGACAUGAUCCGGCUGCUCAAGGAGGUCAACAUUGAAGUCAACCCGGUCGGAUUCUACAUCUCGUCUUACCUCGGCGGCUUCUUCACCCAGACCCUCGUCGACAGCCUCGUGAGCUUCCACGCCAGCAACCCCAACAGCAUCGUUCUCGUCCAUGAUGUCACAAAAUCCUCACAGGGAAGCUUAUCGCUCAAGGCCUACCGUCUUUCAGAGCAGUUCCUGGCCGCCAACAAGGCCUCAGGCGGAAAGUUCUCGAGCGAAGCUGUCGUCAAGCACGAACUCACCUACCUUGAUAUCCUCGAGGAGCUGCCUCUCUCCAUCAAAAACUCACAUCUUGCCACUACCCUGCUACAGCACCUUGACUCUCCUGCCUUUGCGAAGAAGGACGACCCCAGCACUCUUCUCGCUUCCUCCACCAUGGCUCCUAACUUUGAUACCUUGGAGCUGUCGAUCGAUCCUUACUUGGAGAAGAACGUCGAGUUCUUGAUCGACUCUGUCGAUGACUACUAUGCCGAGCAGGGCACAUUCAACUACUUCCAGCGUCAGCUCUCGAGAGAACAGGCCAAGAUCCAGCAGUGGGUCCAAAAGACUAAAACCGAGAACGCCCUUCGGGAGCGCGCAGGUCUCCCCACAGUUUCCGAGGACGACUGGCAAAAGCAAUUCAAGCUCCCGACCGAGCCCUCGCGUCUCGACAACCUGCUCAUCUCUGCUCAGAUCAACCAGUACUGCAACCAGAUCGAGGAAUACGGAUCCGUGGUUUCGGCUAAGAUGUUUGCGAUCCAGAACGGUCUUGAUAUCAACAACUAAGCUGUGUGUUCUUAAUUAGAGAGUAAAAUGGCUAUUUUGUCUUUUGUUAUAUGUCCUUGUCGUUGUCCAUCUUGGUUCAUCUCGUGUACUUGCAGUGCUUUACGUUUAAGGUCUGGUUUGUAGUUUAAGUUAUAAAAGUUGAUACUUUUCUCACGUUUAUAAGCAAUUUGUAAUUGUCCAAUGCAUCAUAACCGA